CUACUAUGCAGUGUUAUAGUCUGUCGUUCUGUUUGUUUCGCAUCCUUGUCUUGUUUGUUUUUUUUCCUUUUUCCCAAUGUAUUGGAAAAUGCCCAAUGUGUUGGAAAAUGCCCUCUCCCAGCUACUGUAGUAAACAUCUCCACGUGGUCCUCAGGGGGGUAUCACAUGACUGUCUCUGAAACAGGAAGUAACGGAACGAGAUCAGAAUUGGUGACGAGGACUGAAAUCGCUACUAAUAACUUCUAAAAUAAUAAGAUACCUUUUAGAGCAAAGUGUAUAACUGUUUACGUAAAUACUAAAUGCGCCUCUAUACGUCGCUGAGGUGGCGCUUAGUAUAGGCUAGUGUACAACUAGUAAAAAACAACAACAACUGUAGGCUACUCUCUUGUAGGUUUCAAGGAAGAACCCUUUUCAGCAAUGGUGUCGCUGAUAUGUACUUUACAAGAUCACCGAGAUGAAGUGAACUGGUGCGUCUUUUCCGCCAAAUUGCUGGCUACUUGUUCAGCAGACAAGACCAUUCGUGUUUAUUACACUAAAGACUUCAGCGAGCUCCCCUUCUCUCCUCUGUCGGGUCAUGGCUACACAGUGCACUGCUGUUCCUUCAGUCCCUGUGGACAGUACCUGGCUUCCUGCUCUACAGACGCUACGACGGUGGUCUGGCAGAUGGACAGCGGCGAAAUAGAGGUCGUUUUGGAACAUCCCGGUAGAAGCCCGGUCAGAGUGUGCGCCUUCUCGCCCGACUCGGUGCACCUGGUGUCCGGAGCAUCUGAUGGCACGCUGGCGCUGUGGGAUUUCAAAUCUAGAUCAAUACUCAGGACGGGUGGAGUGGCUGACACCACUAUGGUGGCCUGCUCCUUCAGCCCGUGUGGUCAGCUGUUUGUCAGCGGCUCCAUGUAUGGAGACCUCAGAGUGUGGAGCCUGGAGCUGAGGCAGCUUCACGCUGAGAAGAACGCCCACGACCUCGGUGUUACCUGCUGCCAGUUCGCCCCGCAGAUGCAGAAAGAGACCGGUGGCAAUGUGGUCCAGUUUCGUAUGGCCUCCUGUGGGCAGGACAGCCUGCUGAAGGUCUGGACCAUCUCUUACACUCCACACGCAGGCUGCAAGAUGCAGCUGCUGCACACUCUCACUGGUCAGACGGCUCCCGUGCUCUCCUGCAGUUUCUCAGCAGACGGACAGAUGCUAGUGUCUGGGUCGGUUGACAAGACUGUCACGGUGUAUGAGUCCAGCCAGGGCACCCUACUGUAUACUCUGAGCCAGCAUGAGAGGUACGUGACAGCGUGUGCGUUCUCCCCCACGGCGCCGCUCAUCGCCACCGGCUCCAUGGACAAGAGUGUCAACGUGUGGAGGGUAGAGGACGGCUGCAGCGUGCAGGAAGAAGGCAAAUUCCUCCCUGGUGAAGAAGCUGCCUCCUCUUGUGAAGGUGGAAAUAUGGGAGGCCACUCCAGAAUGAUGCCAAGCGAUUGGUCAGAAGACGAUGUGUCAUCGUGGUUGCGGCAGGAAGGUCUUGAAGCUCUGGUGGACGUGUUCAAGGCCAACAACAUCGAUGGGUCAGAACUUCUCGCCCUCAGUAAAGACGCUCUUGCCACUGACAUGAAAAUAGAGUCGGUGGGUCUCAGAAGCAAAAUCAUUCGAAAGAUCGAGGAGCUGAAGAUGGAGUCCAUGUGCACGGGGGUCCCCGACGAGUACCUUUGUCCAAUCACACGCGAGCUCAUGAAAGACCCCGUCAUUGCUGCAGAUGGCUACUCGUAUGAGCAUGAGGCCAUCGAAAGCUGGAUCCGCACCAAGAACCGGAGCAGCCCCAUGACCAACCUGCCCUUGCAGACCACGCUGCUCACACCCAACCACACCCUCAAGAUGGCCAUCUCCCGUUGGAGGACCAGCAACUGAGGCAUGCUGGGAUUACACUGCCGUUCGCCUCACGAUGGCCAGACUUAACUUUGGAGACUAGGGAUCUGCAUGGCUACAGUCUUAGUGUCAUGCUAUGCAACUCAAAGGGAACAGGCUUGAGAUAUAUUGAAUGCCUCCAGUAGAUCAGGAUUAGCCUGAAAGCCAGCCCUAAUUUACUGCGGUGGUCAAUUCGGUUUGAAGUCCUUCCUCCAUUGUCUAUAUGCCUCGUUUAGAUAUUUUCGGGCCAAUAAAAUAGUUUGGUCUAGAUUUAUAUGAUUAUGGACACAUGAGCAACAAUGAAACAGUCAUCCACAUUAUCUGAGCACGGUUGAGUAGAUUUUGUUUACAACAAAAUCGCUGCCGGUGGAGAAGCAAGAUGUUUAGUCUCUGCUAUCUGUUAUACAAGAUAUUGUCAUUUGACAUCCUCAGAUUUUGUGGGCAGGGUAAAUUGGGGUUGACUUCCAGGCUUGGUUAAUAACACACUCCAUGAUCAAAUCAAAAUGGCAUGUUUACCAGACUCAAAUUGUGAUAAGAAUUCAAAGCUGUCCACGCCAGGCUGACACAGGGUCUUAUCAAAGAUACUUGAUCACUCCACUUUAACCCUCUCUGGUCUUAUUCUUACCUCAACCUAUAGUGUAUGCUAGAGGUGUUUGGUUAUAUGAAUUCACCACCACUCAGCAUGUACUUUUCAGGAAAAAAAGUUCUUUGACGAAACCUUAAGCUGAAACUUUGACAACAUAUAAACCUGUAGAGCUGUUAUGAUUCUACAAAUUAUAUCGAAGAACCACAAAGAGCUUUGAUAGUGUGUGUAAAGUGCACUAGCAAGCAUCUAACAAUAUUAAAUAAUUAUUAACCUGUACUUAACCUGCUUUAACCAAUAUCAUCUUAUGUCUAUGUGCCAUAUAUUGGACGUAGUGACAUUUGUCAAAAUGUACAUUUCAUUAGCAUUUACUCCAUGGCUUGCAUUUUGUAUUAAUGAAGAUUCAGACAUGUUCAUUUUCGAUUGGUCUGCCUUAUGAAGUGACUGCUGUUGUACUAAAUGCACUUUCCUGCGCAUAUCUUAGCAUAUUACCAAAUAAAAUGAGAAAUGAUGAAGCAACUCUA